GUAAUCAAAUGAUGCAAGUUCCUUCUGGAAUGCAGCUCGUGCAGAUUCCAACUCAAGGUGGCGGCACUGUUACUGUCCCUUAUUCUAUGAAUGCUAGCGGUGAGAUUGCGUUCAGUGGAAUGCAACUCAGCCGACAAGACUUCAGUGGUGCUCAAGUGCGCCAAGGAUUCAAUGCAACUCAAGCUCGAACUCCGCAAGCUGUAAAAACUGGACAUUUUGAUACGUCAAAUGUCUUUCACAAAGCUAUCAAGGGAAAGGAUGAGAAUGACAAUGAUGUCUAUCUUAUUCCAUGUCCUGCUGGUACGACAAAUGUCAAACUUCAAGCCGACUGGCACUAUGCUAGUGAAGAUGAAGAUUUGCCUGAUCUUGCUACUGAAGCAGAUCGAGGUCUGCAGUUUAUUCAAAGCCACAGAAAGGAAAGAGAUCCAUUUGGGUUGUACGAUCAUGUCAUCAUGGACAGUGGUUGUACAAACACCACCAUUUUUAAUGGUGAGCUCAUGCAUGGACUCCGUCAUGCUGAGAAAGAACUUGACAUGCACACUAAAGUGGGCAGCAGAGUUCUCGACAAAGAAGGUUUUCUAGGAAGAUUUCCACCUCCAGUCUAUUGUGAUGGAAACCAAAAGAUGCGAUUUGUUAAUCGUAAGGGUGUGUAUGUGUUGGAGCAACUUGGAGCGAAUGUCAAACCAGGUGCCAAAGAGACAAGUGCGAUGUACCGUCGCCAGUUAAGCAACUUAAAUAAUCAACCCCAUUUCGAACUUUGUGCAAACAAACAGAAUGGAUAUUCUGGACUCAAGAUGACCUCCAAGAUGGCAACUGUUUGA